GGGCGCCGGCAUCUCGGGUUUACUGUAACCUCCGGCUACGCCUUUUUUCCAGGGCGGAGCCCCAACCCUGCUCCUCCUCUCAGCGGGCCGCACAGCAGCCCUGGUCCCCCGUCCCAGAACCCCUUUCCAGAGUUGGGAUCCAGGCGCGCUGCCCGAGCCCUUGAGGGCCCGUGUGCUGUCUCAGUGCUCUCCUCACCAUGGCCUCCGCGGGCCCGGGACUUGGGCUCGCGCUGCUGCUCCCGCUGCUGCUCCCGCUGCUGCCGCCGCCGCGUGCGGCCGCGGCCUCCGACCGUCCGCGGGGCAGCAGCCCGGUCAACCCAGAGAAGCUGCUGGUGAUCACCGUGGCCACAACUGAGACUGAGGGAUACUGGCGCUUCCUGCAGUCAGCAGAAUUUUUCAACUACACAGUUCGGACCCUGGGCCUGGGAGAGGAGUGGCGAGGGGGUGAUGUGGCCCGAACGGUUGGUGGAGGACAGAAGGUCAGGUGGCUGAAGAAGGAAAUGGAAAAAUAUGCAGACCGAGAGGACAUGGUCAUCAUGUUUGUGGACAGCUAUGAUGUGAUUCUGGCUGGCAGCCCCUCGGAGCUGCUCAAGAAGUUCAUCCAGAGUGGCAGCCGCCUGCUCUUCUCCGCAGAGGGCUUCUGCUGGCCUGAGUGGGGUCUGGCAGAGCAGUACCCUGAGGUGGGCACGGGGAAGCGCUUCCUCAACUCUGGUGGAUUCAUUGGCUUUGCCCCGACCAUCCACCAAAUUGUCCGCCAGUGGAAGUACAAGGAUGAUGAUGACGAUCAGCUGUUCUACACCCGACUCUACCUGGACCCCGGACUAAGGGAGAAACUCAACCUUAAUCUGGAUCAUAAAUCCCGGAUCUUUCAGAACCUCAACGGGGCUUUGGAUGAGGUAGUUUUAAAGUUUGAUCGGAACCGUGUGCGUAUCCGGAAUGUGGCCUACGACACACUUCCUGUUGUGAUCCAUGGGAAUGGUCCAACUAAGCUCCAGCUGAAUUACCUGGGAAACUAUGUUCCAAAUGGCUGGACUCCUGAGGGAGGCUGUGGCUUCUGUGACCGGGACCGGAGGACACUCCCGGGGGGGCAGCCUCCCCCCCGGGUGCUUCUGGCUGUGUUUGUGGAACAACCUACUCCAUUCCUGCCCCGCUUCCUCCAGCGACUGCUGCUCCUGGACUACCCCCCCAACAGGGUCACCCUUUUCCUGCACAACAAUGAAGUGUACCACGAGCCCCACAUUGCAGACUCCUGGCCCCAGCUCCAGGACCACUUCUCAGCUGUGAAGCUGGUGGGGCCAGAGGAGGCCCUGACCCCAGGCGAGGCCAGGGACAUGGCCAUGGACAGUUGUCGGCAGGACCCUGAGUGUGAAUUCUACUUCAGCCUGGACGCUGACUCUGUCAUCACCAACCAGCAGGCCCUGCGCAUCCUCAUUGAAGAGAACAGGAAGGUGAUAGCGCCCAUGCUGUCCCGCCAUGGGAAGCUGUGGUCCAACUUCUGGGGAGCCCUGAGCCCCGACGAAUACUAUGCGCGCUCUGAGGAUUACGUGGAGCUGGUGCAGCGGAAGCGAGUGGGUGUGUGGAACGUGCCCUACAUAUCCCAGGCAUACAUGAUCCGUGGGGAGACCCUGAGGAGAGAGCUGCCCCAGAGGGAGGUGUUCUCAGGCAGUGACAGUGACCCAGACAUGGCCUUCUGCAAGAGCCUGCGGGACAAGGGCAUCUUCCUCCACCUCAGCAAUCAGCACGAAUUUGGCCACCUCCUGGCCACUUCCCGGUAUGACACAGACCACCUGCACCCCGACCUCUGGCAGAUCUUUGACAACCCUGUGGACUGGAAGGAGCAGUACAUUCAUGAGAACUACAGCCGGGCCCUUGAAGGGGAGGGAUUCGUGGAGCAGCCGUGCCCGGAUGUGUACUGGUUCCCACUACUGUCAGAGCAAAUGUGUGACGAGCUGGUGGAGGAGAUGGAGCAUUACGGCCAGUGGUCAGGAGGCCGGCACGAGGACUCCAGGCUGGCUGGAGGCUACGAGAACGUGCCCACUGUGGACAUCCACAUGAAGCAGGUGGGCUAUGAGGACCAGUGGCUGCAGCUGCUGAGGACAUACGUGGGGCCCAUGACCGAGAGCCUGUUCCCAGGCUACCACACCAAGACCCGGGCAGUGAUGAACUUCGUAGUCCGCUACCGGCCAGACGAGCAGCCCUCUCUGCGGCCACAUCACGACUCCUCCACCUUCACCCUGAAUGUGGCCCUCAACCACAAGGGCCUGGACUAUGAGGGAGGUGGCUGCCGCUUCCUGCGCUAUGACUGCAUGAUCUCAUCGCCGCGGAAGGGCUGGGGGCUCCUGCACCCUGGCCGUCUCACCCACUACCAUGAGGGGUUGCCCACCACCUGGGGCACUCGCUACAUCAUGGUGUCCUUUGUGGACCCCUGACAUUCAACCACUCGGCAAACCUUCCCUGCCAUUGUGCCUUGUUUGCCCCCUCCUUGAGGGGGUAUGUCUGGCUCCUCGCCUUCUGCGUGUAUGUUCUGUGUGCCUGGACUGAAUGUGUUGCCUCAACCCCCAGUACAUAGCCCUCUCAGGAAGCUCCUGGAGCCCCCUUGCCCUUCCCCUAGCCCCCCGGGGUUCAUGGGGGGAGGGCUUCUGGGGGUCCCCCAUGUGAUAAGUUAUUGUUUCCAGUCUCCCUCACAAUAAAGGAGGAUUUGUAA